AUGUCAGGCACAGUCACUGUUGACUUUGGUGCCUCGGACUCUCAUACUCGCACUUCUGACGACUUCGAGCAAGUGUCAUACCCGACUACACAUUGGCCUUCCCAACAACAUGAAGAGGGAUUACCACUCUAUGCAGAAGAAAAGGCACGUAGAAGGGGCCCACGAACCGCCGGCUCAGCACCUUUCUCGGUCGACGAGCGAGAUUUAUAUGAUGACGAAGGCAAAGACAUUUACAGCAAGUCUCGCGCGUUCAGAUCAUACAACCCUAACGGUCGACCACGCUAUCACGCACCACCCCCAACGUCAAUAAAAGAGUUCUUGCUACAAAACCUCGAGCACGUAAUACCAAUAAUUUACACCCUUCUAUCAUGCUGGACGCGAUAUCACAAGAUUGGGCAUUCAAAUACUGUUGUCUGGGACGAGGCUCACUUCGGUAUGUUGCUCUUUCUUCUAACAGGCAUAUCCAACCUCCGAAAUUUAGGCAAGUUCGGGUCCCAAUACAUCCGCCGAGAAUUCUAUUUCGACGUCCAUCCACCGUUGGGGAAAUUGAUUGUCGGUUUUGUGGGCCUACUUGCUGGAUAUGACGGCUCUUUCGAGUUCAAGAGUGGUAGUGAAUAUCCUGAAAACGUGCCUUAUGUUGCGAUGCGCGUGAUGCUAGCAACAUUCGGUGUCGGAAUGGUACCGCUGGGAUGGUACACAGCUGUAGAGUUAGGCAUGAGCCAGUGGGCGUGUCAUCUUGUUGCAUUGAUGGUCCUUCUGGAUGUUGGCUGGCUCUGCAUAUCCCGCUUCAUCCUCCUUGAUUCUAUGUUGUUGUUCUUCACCCUCCUUGCGGUUUUCUGUAUGACCAAGUUCCACAACCAACAAUACCAGCCAUUUUCCUUUGACUGGUGGGCAUGGUUAACGUUCACAGGCAUAUCUAUUGGUCUUGUUACAAGGCGGGUUUCGUCCACCAUCAAACUUAUCGGUCUAUUCGUCACUGCUCUCAUCGGUCUCUACACGAUUGAAGACUUGUGGGACAAGUUUGGCGACGUGAAAAUGCCUGUGAGAACCCAAUUGAAACACUGGGGCGCCAGGAUCGGCUGCCUAAUCGUCCUACCUAUAAUCGUUUUUAUGGCGUCCUUCAAGCUCCAUUUUAUAGUCCUCAACCGUUCAGGAUCCGGGGACGCACAAAUGAGUUCUCUGUUCCAAGCCAACCUUAUCGGCAAUGAUUUUGCAAGAAAUCCGUUGGAGAUCGCCAUCGGGUCGAAGGUCACCCUCAAGAACUAUGGCUAUGGUGGCGGCUUACUACACUCGCACGUUCAGACAUUCCCUGUCGGCUCCAACCAACAGCAAGUUACUUGCUACCACUACAAGGACGAAAAUAACGACUGGAAUAUCCUUCCUCGUUGGAAUGAGCCAGAAUACGACCCUACAGCUCCUAUUCGGUUUCUUAAACACGAUGACGUUAUUCGGCUGUCGCACGCACCUACAACUCGUAAUCUUCACUCUCAUACAAUCCCAGCACCCGUUACCAAGCUUCACCACGAAGUAUCCUGCUACGGCAACGCAACAGUCGGCGACUCCUAUGACUAUUGGAAAGUUGAAGUCGUAGAUGACAUUAAAAGAGGAAGCCGCGAGCAUGUGGACAAGAUUCAUUCUCUUACGACGCGCUUGAGAUUCAAACACCAGGUUCUUGGCUGUUAUCUACGGGCCGCCAAUGCCAUUCUACCUCAAUGGGGGUUCAAGCAAGUCGAGGUCACGUGCGUGCCGGAGAAUGACAAGUAUGAUCCUCAUACAUACUGGAACGUUGAGAGCCACUGGAACGAUCGCUUGCCUGCUGGAGAGACUAAAUAUUACAAGUCACCCUUCCUCCAUGACUUCUGGCAUCUCAAUGUCGCUAUGAUGACAUCGAAUAACGCCCUAGUUCCUGACCCGGACAAGGAAGACAUUCUCGCAUCCAAACCCUUCGACUGGCCCUUCAUACAUUUAGGACUGCGUAUGUGUGGGUGGGGCGACUCGCAAACGAAAUACUACCUUAUGGGCAACCCUCUCAUCUGGUGGGGAAGCACGUUGAGCUUGAUGCUUUCGCUGGUUGCUCUCGGAGUCUACCUACUGAGACAGCAAAGAAAAUAUGCUGACAUGGAUCCACAGGAAUGGGAUCACUUCUUGUACGUCGGCAAAGUCGCUUUCCUUGGAUGGGCACUACAUUAUAUUCCUUUCUUAAUCAUGGGCCGUGUAACCUAUCUCCACCACUAUCUGCCGACGCUCUAUUUCGCUGUCCUGAUGUUGGCUCACCUCCUCGAUCAUUUCAUUUUCUCGUCACGUCGGCUCAUUCCACGAACAAAAGUCAUCGCCUUCGGCAUAUGUGCAGGGUCCAUAAUUCUUACUUUCUGGUGGUUCAAAGGGGUUGCAUUUGGUAUUGACGGACCAAUUGCUGACCACAAGGGCCUGUUAUGGCGAGAGUCCUGGAAUAUAUAUACCCAACGCUAG